GCUCUCAGGUUCCUCUCUGGUUCGGUAGAUAGUUCGGUGGAAACGGUCAUGAAAUUUAAAUUUUGAUGAAUACGUCGCGUGGUCCGAAACAAAUUUAAUUCAUAUUUCUUGAUAUAUUUCGAUGAAAUAAAAAGAGGGGAAAGCGGUACGUUGCAAUUAACUCUCUCAGCUUUCUCAGGAUUUUUUGUAAGAAUCAAUAUUCUUAUAAAUUUCGUUAAGUUCAGUUUAUGAAACAAGCUAUGAUCAAUGAAAAUAGACCUACGAGACAGGAUAAUGAUAAUUUGGAAGAGAUAAUUGGUAAACAAGCCAAGAGACUUAAAGAACUCAAUGCAGCCACAAUAUUAAUAAAAGGUAAACAAAAUAUAAAGGAUGAACUUCAGAGAACACACGAGGAACUAUUACAAAUUUCAUCUAGCAUCUUGGAAACAAAGAAAAUAUUGAGAAGAAUACAUGAACAGAAUUCCCGUUCCCAUGAAAUAUUGACGUUAGUUGAAACUUUGGACAAAAGAAUUCUCCAUCAGGAAGAAAAUGUUCCACCUGAACUCAUACAAGGCUAUCAGAAUGCAACCGUAUCUUCCCCUAAUAUGUUAGAGUGUACUGUUAAUUCAAUGCAUCAUCAGUUAACAGCACAAACACCUAAUAACAAAAUUGAAAAAUCAGAAAUGGUGACAGAUUGUAAAAGAACACUUUUCAAUGAACCAGAUGUAUGCCCAACAAUAUCUUUCAUCACCUUGGAAGAAUUUAAUAAAGUGCCUAAAUAUAUUAUUGGGAGGCAAACAACUAAUACUUUGGAGACAAUUAAUAACUUUAUAAGUGCCAUAAAUCAGACAUUAAUUGCAAAGUACACAAUUUUAACAUUGGGAAAGGCUGGUGCUCAAAAAAAGAAUGAACUUAAUCUAUAUUUACACUAUAAAAAACAGGAAUUUGAUAUCAGAGAAGAAAAUAGAUACCUCUACUUUUUCACAGCUGAGGAUUAUUAUAGACAAACAAAAACAAAGAUUGAUAAAACCAAGUUAAACUUGUUAACUGCAUUGCGCCAUUGCAAACGUUUACGAGAAUGUAGGAUAAAAAAUGAAUUACGAUAUGUUAUAAUACAACAUUAAUAUUAUCUUUGUAUUCAUGAAUAUGCAUGAAUGUUUAACUUUAUCAUGUAAAAAUAUAUUCUAAUAUUAACCCUUUGCACUCCUAUGUCGAGUAUGACUCGACAUCAGUUUUUAUCCCAGGAGCUCCUUUGUAGAGUCUCGCUCGACAUAGGAAAUGAAAUUAAUGAAAUUGAUGAAAUGUGAUUCAGAGUGCAAAGCGUUAAUAUUAUACUAAUACGGCCAGAAUUGUAGAAUAUUAAUGAAAAUAAUAUAUGUAACAUAUUAUA